GCGUGGUUCAAACUCUUCGAGGACCAACGCAUUCCAUGGGUUCGCUUCUUUCUGGAACCAGUCAUCAAGACCAUCAACUUUGCCAAAGAACGGCUUGGCUAUGAGCGGGUCAUUCUGGCCGGGCUCUCGGGUGGUGGAUGGACCACCACACUGGUCGCGGCGCUGGACCCGCGCAUCGAGCUGUCCAUUCCCAUGGCUGGUAGCAUCCCUUGUGACUUUCGGCCUACGAGCAAAGAUUUCGAGCAGUUCUGCAACCUUCACUGGACUGGCAUUGGCAAUUACACGGCCUUGUAUGUCCUCGCAGCGUUGGAGCCGCACCGGACGAGUCUUCAACUCCUCCACGAAGCAGAUCCGUGCUGCUUCCACGGCUGUGGAAGACACCGUCGGAUCCAGGAGUAUGGUGACUUCGUUCGUGCGAGAAGUGCUGGACACUUCCGAACCGUGGUGACCGAGGGGAACCUCCACUUGGUCAACCCGCGCGAGAAGAUCAUCAUAGGCACUCUUUUGUACAAGAUGGCUCGUGGCCAGGCAGUGACUGCAGCAGAUCUCCUCACGCCUUUCGACCUCCUGAGAGAAGUGGAUGCCAUUUACUCUUGAAGCCGAUGGACCGAGGAUGGACGAUGUUGGAGAAGAUCCUCAUGAAGGAGUGAACUAUGGCGAAUGGCAAAAUUGGCCGCUGCUCGCAUGACUGGCUGGCGGUUGACCUGUUUUGUUUCACUGCCGGCACUGGUCUGCGCUGACCAAUACAGGACGUUGAUGGCUGAACCCAGCAGC